GUUUGGCCACUUCGCUCCCAGCUCCCGCCCAUAUGACUACAAACGCGUGUGCAGGAAGAUGAAAGUGUACUGUGGAGGGGAAGAAAUAUCCUGGCGUGUAUUAACUGUGUGGCGUGUGUCUUUUGAGUUGUCUUUGCGUCAAGGUGUUAUAGUGUGGUGUUAAUACAAGCGGACAUCAGAAUAUUUUUAGUUCUUGGUGGAAUUCAGUGGUGGCUACAACCACGCUUCCUUAUGAAUAUACCUACAACAGGGUUAUUCUUUAGCCAUCACCCAUAAACCUGUACAUCACCACCACCAUUACGUCACCACAAAAUAACCACCACGAUCACCAUCACGUCACCAAGUCCAUGGCGCCAAACCCAAUGAACCGAGAGGCGGAGGCGCGGCGGGAGGGGGCGUGGUGGCGUGUGUAUGCCCUGCCCCUGGCUUGCCUUGCCCUUAUGUGUGGUGCUACAGCCUACCUCGCCUAUGCCUCCUACAAAAGCACCCACCCACAGCCCCAUACAGUCAUCAUCAUCCCCUCCAACUGGUCCUUACGAGCUGCCAAUAAGUCUAUUACUGUGGGAGGGCAAGUUCCUGGUGGUGUGUACUCAGACCUGUUGGCGGCUAAUGUCCUCAGUGAAGGGGAUCUCUACUAUCGCUACAAUGACCUCAACUACCGCUGGGUGUCAAAGGAAAACUGGACUUACUCCUCUGUCUUGAAUGUUGAUGCUGAUGUGCUGAGCUAUACCCGGGUGGUGCUGGUGUUUGAGGGCCUGGACACAGCAGCAGAGGUCUUCAUCAAUGACAUGAGUGUUGGAAAGUCCACUAACAUGUUUGCCAGAUAUGUCUUUGAUGUCAAGAACCAUCUUAAGGCAUCCAGUGACAACACCAUAGACAUUUGGUUUGAGUCUCCUGUGGAGUACGCCACACGUCAGUACAACAUCCAGAGUGCCAAUUACGUGGUGCCACCUAAGUGUCUCCCUUCUGACUACAACGGAGAGUGCCAUGCCAACCACAUUCGCAAGAUGCAGUCCUCCUUCAGCUGGGACUGGGGGCCAGCCUUCCCUAACUCUGGCGUCUGGAAGAACUGGAAACUCAAAGCAUGGAAUUCUCUCAUAGUUAGCGACAUUCUCUUCUCAGCCGUGCCCACAUCUCCCCUGCCUUCAGUUCCAGAUCAUAACUUCAAGCCGGGCUGGAAUGUCACUGUCAAAGUGUGGUGUGAUGCAGCUGUGGCAUCAGGGGAGGUGUUGGGAAGCUUCACCAUUACCCUGGGGGAUAUCAGCACCACAAAGCACCGGGUCACAGCUCAGGUCUCCAACUAUGAAGCAUUACUGGAGUUUAACCUUGUAUUUUCUGAAAACCUGGUGGACCUCUGGUGGCCCAAUGGGUAUGGUGCCCAGCCUCUUUACAAGCUGACAGCUUACUGGGAGAAUGAAAACCAAACAGAGAACUCCACGAAGGUUGUCAAGGUCGGCUUUCGAACUGUGGAGCUUAACCAGGAUUAUGUGGAUCUUAAUGACACAAGCAAAGGCCGUCACUACCGUGUCUAUGUGAACAACGUGUUUAUGUUCAUGAAGGGGAGUAACUGGAUCCCAGCCCACAUUCUGCCGGAGAUGGUGACGCCAGAGUACACCCGAUACCUCCUCCAGGCAGCAGCAGAUGUCCACAUGAACUGUCUCCGGGUUUGGGGCGGCGGCAUCUAUGAGACAGACGUGUUCUAUGAAAUUGCUGAUGAGCUAGGAAUUCUGCUGUGGGAGGACCUAAUGUUUGCCUGCAGCAUGUACCCAGUGAACCAGGCCUUCUUAGACACUGUGAAGAAGGAGAUAGUGACACAGGUUCGCCGGCUGCAGCACCACCCAAGUAUUCUUCUCUGGGCCUCGAAUAAUGAAAACGAGGUAGCCCUUCGUGAUAACUGGUAUGGAACAGCCUUCAACUUCAACCAGUACAAGGAAGACUAUAUCACACUUUAUGUCGACACAAUCAGACCGCUGGUGCUUGAGUUGGAUGACAGCCGCUCCUAUGUUGUCAGUUCACCCAGCAAUGGCAUCAAGUCUGAGAAUGACGGCUAUAUCUCCCAAAAACCUGGUGACACACUGUACGGUGACGUGCAUUACUACAAUUACAUCAGUAAUGCCUGGGUUGGUGACCAGACACCAAUACCAAGGUUCUCUUCCGAGUAUGGCUUCCAGUCCUGGCCAUCUUUCAUCACCAUGAGGGACGUAACAAUUGAGGAGGAUUGGAACAGGGAGUCUCCCCUCAUGUACCACCGCCAGCACCACCCCCUGGGCCAGCCAGAACUUGCUGUUCAGAUUGGCAUACACAUGCACAUGCCAGCACAGGACGGCUCCCUCAAGGCCUACCAGGAUUACUUGUAUCUGUCCCAGAUUCACCAAGCUGUUGCCAUCAAGGUUGAGACAGAGAUCUACAGGCGGUGGAUGAGUGAGAUCAAUGAGAAAGGGGAAGGCUACACAAGUGGUGCUUUAUACUGGCAGCUGGAUGACAUCUGGCAAGGGGCAUCAUGGGCCUCUAUUGAAUAUGGAGGUCGCUGGAAAAUGCUGCAUUACUAUGUCAAGAAAAUGUUUAGUCCAGUCAUCAUAAUUUCCUCAUUUAUAGAGAAUGAAAAUGUAGUUGAGCUGUAUGUGGUCAAUGAGUGGUUCCAGAACAUGACGAAUGCCACAGUGGUGGUCAGCCUGCACCGCUACGACACACUGGGAGCAGUCAAGACAGUCAACAAGUCAGUUCAUGUGGUGCGUCUCAUGUUCACUCCCUAUGAGGACCAGCCAGACUCACUUUGGUCCUGGGUCAAUCUUAGUGUGUUCAUUAACAAGGCAGAGUUGUUACAGUGUGUGUCCUGUCAGGGAUUUGAUCUCUGGCCAUUCCUCCUUAUGCUGUCGAGAUCUUUUCUCUCAUUAAACGUGCCUCUUCCACCCAUUCAAAGGAAGGCAGCAGCAUCCAGCCUGGUAGCAACACUCAGCAUGGAUGAUGACCUGGACCAAGUCACCCUCUGCAAGGAAGGACUCUAUGAUGUAAAGGAUGUUUGCUUCCUCACUUACAAGCUUUUGAACAGUGUAGGAGUCCUGGUGACCCCUGAAAACUACCGUCUCCUUGGCGAACCUAAGGAUGCUUAUAUCCUCCAUGCCUCUGUUCAGACUGGAGACAUCACUGGACCCAUAGCUACCCCACAAAGCAACUGGUCCUUCAAUGUGAGUGUGAAAACAGACACUGUGGCCCUGUUUGUGUGGCUUGAGACAGAACUGCCAGGAGUGUUCUCAGAUAAUGGGUUCUUGAUGGCUCAGGAGGAAGCUCAAGUGUACUUCUAUGCUGUCAAAAAGAUAACUGUGGAAGAUCUCAAGUCAUCAUUGACUGUCAAGUCCCUCACUGAUACAUACCAGAAAGUUUAUCCAUUUGCAACUUUCCCUGAAAAUCCUGACAUCCAUCCUAAUGAUAUCAGGAAUGUGGUGUUUGCAUGAUGGUGCUCAACAGACCACUGUGCAUGACCACUGGCUUGUAAUAAUGUGCCUUACCAGUCAACAACCUGUGCCUACAUAUAUUUACCUGUAUAUAUGUGUUCUAAGAGAAGAGACAUGAAUUUUAAGGAUGGUGUCAGUCCAGUUUAUUGAUAGAUAAAUGGAUUUCUGCUUUCAUACUGAAGAGAUAGAAAAGAAAAUGAACAUAUCCCAUGAAAUAAAAAAAAAAAAAUGGAAAACUCAAGAGUAUACAUAAGAAAUCCUAAAGCAAUAUAUCAAGUAAUAUAUGAAGGAACAAUACUGGUAUGUAGAUAGUUUUAACAUGAAAAUAAGUAAGAGAAAAAAAAGUCAAUAUGAAGACAGUUUCUCUCACUUUGCCUGUCACUGAUAGAGGAGCCAGGUGUUUUUAGUUCUAAUCAGUACUGCAGGUGUGAGACUAAGGAGGCAGGCAGGCAAGUGAGGGCAAAGGCUGGUGACACGAGUAGUUAGGGUGUGUCAGUGGCCACCAGGUCUGGCACUUAUAACCUGGCACAGUGCCAUUAAGUGUAACCUUCAUGUGAUGGGUGCCAAAUGGUGCUGAGCCUCGAGAAAAUAGACAUUCUGCAAAUAGAACAAAGGAGGGGGCUUAUGGACUUAUUUCUAGAUUAUGUAUUCCCAUGUUUCAUUUUGUUCAAGAUUCUCUCACACUGAUAGAGUUUGUAAGCUUCAUAAACUUAACCUGUAGAGAUUAUAAACUUAUGUUUAGA